AGUUCUCGCGAGAUCCUGGCUCGCGAACUCGUGGCCGCCCCCUGCUCUACAGCCUCCGGCUGCGCUGCAGCGUCAGCCUCACUUGGCCUCCGCGGCGGCCCUCCCCUCACCCGACCCGCCCUCCGCCGCCCGCCCGGCCUAGGCCUCAGCCCCGGGCUCGCGUCGAGUCGCCCCCUAUGGGACCCGGCUGAGGCGCCACCGCCGGCUGCAGAGCCCCGAUGCUGGCCCGGAGGAAGCCGGUGUUGCCGGCACUCACCAUCAACCCCGCCAUCGCCGAGGGCCCGUCCCCCACCAGCGAGGGCGCCUCAGAGGCGAACCUGGUAGACCUGCAGAAGAAGCUGGAGGAGCUGGACCUGGAUGAGCAGCAGAGGAAGCGGCUAGAGGCCUUCCUCACUCAGAAGGCCAAGGUUGGUGAACUCAAGGACGAUGACUUCGAGAGAAUUUCUGAGCUGGGUGCGGGCAAUGGCGGCGUGGUCACCAAGGCCCAGCACAAGCCGUCGGGCCUCAUCAUGGCCAGAAAGCUGAUCCACCUGGAGAUCAAGCCAGCCAUCCGAAACCAGAUCAUCCGAGAGCUGCAGGUGCUGCACGAGUGCAACUCGCCUUACAUUGUGGGCUUCUAUGGAGCUUUCUAUAGUGAUGGCGAGAUCAGCAUCUGCAUGGAGCACAUGGAUGGUGGCUCACUGGACCAGGUGCUGAAGGAGGCGAAGCGCAUCCCUGAGGACAUUCUGGGGAAGGUCAGCAUCGCGGUGCUCCGGGGCCUGGCGUACCUCCGUGAGAAACAUCAGAUCAUGCACCGAGAUGUCAAGCCAUCUAACAUCCUGGUGAACUCAAGAGGCGAGAUUAAACUCUGUGACUUUGGCGUGAGUGGCCAGCUCAUUGACUCCAUGGCCAACUCAUUCGUGGGGACAAGGUCCUACAUGUCCCCAGAGCGUCUUCAGGGCACACACUACUCAGUGCAGUCGGAUAUCUGGAGCAUGGGGCUGUCACUGGUGGAGCUGGCCAUUGGCAGGUAUCCCAUCCCCCCACCUGACGCCAAGGAGCUGGAGGCCAGUUUUGGCCGGCCUGUGCUGGACGGGGCAGAUGGAGAGCCACACAGUGUCUCCCCACGGCCUAGGCCCCCUGGACGCCCCAUCAGUGGUCAUGGGAUGGAUAGCCGGCCAGCCAUGGCCAUCUUCGAACUGCUGGACUACAUUGUGAAUGAGCCGCCUCCUAAGCUGCCCAGCGGUAUGUUCAGCUCGGAUUUCCAGGAGUUUGUGAAUAAAUGCCUCAUUAAGAACCCAGCAGAGCGUGCUGAUCUGAAAAUGCUAAUGAAUCACACGUUCAUCAAACGCUCCGAGGUGCAGGAAGUGGACUUUGCAGGCUGGCUGUGCCGAACCCUGCGACUGAACCAGCCCAGCACGCCCACGCGCACUGCCGUGUGACAGCCAGCACCCAGGAGCCUCAGAGUCUGAGUCCUCUGCCCUGUCUUAUGUUGUAGGCACUGUUGGCAUGGUGGCCGCCUCUGGGGAUGGUGACGCUGUGUGUGGUGGUGGGGGACCUACUUCCAUAGGUUCAAAAAACCCAACUAAAUAGGGAGAGAAA